AUGACGAGCAUCAAGGUUGCCCUUGUCGGAGCUAGCGGAAAUCUCGGUCCUGCUGUGCUAAAGGAGCUGCUUGCCGCAGGAUUUGACGUGACUGUCCUCACCAGACAAGGCAAUAACAAAACCUUUGAUUCCCGUGCGCAUGUCGCAGAAGUGGACUAUGAGUCCCUCGACUCGCUCAAGGCCGCUCUGUCCGGCCAGGAUGUUGUAGUCAACACUUUGAAUGUCGGAGGAGUUCCUGAGUCCACCCAUCUGCGCUUGAUCGAUGCGGCAGUGGCAACUGGUGUGAAGCGGUUCAUCCCUUCUGAAUUUGGCUGCGACACCACGCAUCCCCUCAUUGCCAAAUUGCCUGCCUUUGGCGACAAAGUCAGCGUUCAGGAAUAUCUCAAGAACGUCGCUCAGAAAUCCGGCCUCAGCUACUCGGUGCUCAUGACUGGCCCCUUCCUCGACUGGGGUAUUGAGCAUGGCUUCUUGCUCAAUCUUUCUGGUCCGUCUAUACUAUAUGAUGGCGGUGAUCGUCGUUUUAGUACAACCACUCUCAGUGGUAUCGGCAAAGGCGUCGUUGGGAUCAUCAACAACCUCGAAGCCACUAAGAACUCCCCAAUUUAUAUCAAUGAGGCUAGAGUCACACAGAAUGAGCUAUUGGAAUUGUCCGGCAAGAACCUUGAGACGAAGGUCGUUCAUACCACAGACCUGGAACAGGAGGCUUAUGCAGAAUUGGCUAAGCCGAACCCUAACCCGGCAGUCUUUGUUAUGAAAUUUAUUGUGCGGGGUAUCUUUGGCGAAGGACAUGGCUCUCUUUUCGAUUCUGAGAAGCUUUCUAACGAUUUGUUCGGCUUGAAGACUCUAUCCAAGGAGGAACUCCGCAGCCUCAUCCGCCAGUGA